AUGUCGUAUCGGUUUAGGGAAUCUCAUCUUUACGGAUCUUACGGCCGCUUCAACACGGAUCACCCCGAGAUGAAGUUCACGAAGAGGAGAAACUGGGCGUCGCACAAGACCAGGCCUGUCGCCUGGGUUUCCUCCAACUGCAACGGUACUGUCUCAUGGGACCGUAAAGGAUUCGUGGAUGCGCUGUCCAGGUACGUUCCGGUGAGCAUGUACAGGAAAUCCGGCACAAAAGAUUGUCCGAUGGACGAACGAUGCAACCGGAGUAUCCGCAAGCACAAGUUCUACUUAGCCCUAGAGAACAGCCCCUGUCGCGAUUACAUCUCUGAGGAGCUCUGGCGGAAUGCUCUUCUCAACAACCUCGUGCCCGUCGUCUAUGGGGCUUCGAAGGAGGACUACAAACGCGUUCUACCGCCCGAUUCGUUCAUACACGUCGAGGACUUCGAUUCCAUCAUGGAACUAGCCCUGUACUUGCGGAAACUCAGCAAGGACGAGGGUCUGUACAACACGUACUUCGAGUGGAAGAAGUUCGGCUGGGUGCAGCUCACCACCGAAGAGUAUCUCCUGGAGCCCGAGCAAGUGUGUGAGAACAUCGUGUCGAGGCUCCUGAGCGAUGAGAAAGCCAUGAGGGAAGGGACAUACCACAAACCAAAGUUCCCGGAUUGGAAUGAGUGGUGGACGAACUCGUGCAAGAAGGGCGUGAAGUGGCCAAUCAAAUUGAAAUGA